AUGUUGUUACUGCUUCUGAUUGGCUUUACUAAUGUUUUCAUUGUCAUCCGUGCCGAUUUACUCGAAGGUCUCUAUUGUGGAAUUGAAAGCUGUUAUGAAGUUCUAAAUAUUGAUCGUUCGGAAUUCAAUAAGAAUGUGUUAGGAAGAACGUAUCGGAAGUUGGCAGCUCAGUAUCAUCCUGACAAAGUUGCUGAUGCUAAGAAGGAAGCGGAAGAAAAGUUCCGUCGGAUUGCGACAGCUUAUGAAACUCUGAAGGAUGAUGAAACAAGAGCUGAUUAUGACUAUUAUUUGGAUCAUCCGGAACAACGAGCUUAUAACUAUUAUCAGUAUUAUCGCAGGCGAGUAGCUCCAAAAGUGGAUGCACGAAUUGUUAUUUUGGUUACUUUGAUACUUAUAUCUCUCAUUCAGUUUCUAAGUGCGGCACAAAAACAUAAGGAAGCACUUGAUUAUGCAGUGAGGCAGGAAAAAUAUCGCAAUGCGGCGAAAGAAAUUGCUAAAGAAAGAGGAAUUUCACUGGAAGGCGACUUUCGUAAUAAAAAAUCGCGGAAAGAAUAUGCUGAACAGGUCCUGCGAAAGAUUAUUGAAGAAAAUGUGGAUAUCAGAGGUGGAUAUAAGAAGCCGUCGAUAUACAAUACAUUGCUAUGGACAAUUAUUGUGCUGCCUUACACGAUAUAUAGGUUUGCUGCAUGGAACUUUUCAUGGUUCGUAAAAUAUUACGUGAAAAAAGAGGAUUACGAUGAUGAUGCAAAAUCUUACCUGAUACGAAAAAAUCUGAGUCUUUCUGAAGAACAGUUUGCGAGUUUCAAUGACAAUGAACGAUUAUCUUUGUUCAAAAAUGAGCUAUGGGAUAAAGUGAAAUUUGCGGAGUGGAAAGCUGCAAAGGAAGAUGAACAAAAGGAACGUUUGGCUACUAGUGGGCGUUACAAACGGUAUCGAAGGUACAUUAAGAAUCAAAACGGUGUUCCUCUUAGUUUUAUGGAAUAA